AUGGACAACACUUUGGCGCUCCUGUUUCCUCUGCUGUUCAUCUUCAGUGUGGGUACAGCUGCUCCUCUGCCAAUGGACGUAGUAAACAUGAAAUCAACAGUUAAGCGGAUUUCUGAAACGUUGGUGAACAGUCUGAACCAACACUUACAGAUGCAGGACGAAUCAGGUAGGAUGCUCAGUCCACCUGCUGCUGAUCUGAAUGGACCUUCCUCCAUAGUGAUCGUCUUGGAGGGUUUUAAUCGCAAGAUAAGUAGUGAUUCCUACUUUGCGGUGACGCAGACCAAGUCUCAUAUCUCUUCAUUGACGAGUUAUGUCAAGGAGUGGAUGAAGGCGCAAUGCAGUGAGCAGCAGCCCAGAGGUUCAGAGCCAGCGUCGCUGCUACGGCUGAAACAGCGGAGUCGACCGGAGUUCUUGGACACUGUGAGCACCGAGGCUCUCAUGAGAGUAAGGGAGUUCCUCAAUCUGCUACUACAAAACCUGGAUGAUCUUGAAUCUUGCUGAAAGACAGACCUCUGGACAUUUUGUGUGAAAGAUGUGUCCGCAUAUGGCAAUGUUGAACUUUUGCAAUGUGUUUGAAAGGAAAUGUAUUCUUGCACUUAUGUUAUUUAUAUACAAAUUUAUUUAUUUAUAUACUUAAAAUAUGUAUUUUAUAACGUAUUCAUAUUAGGAUAUUUUAUUUUCCACACAACGUUUCCAUGCAAACUGAUCUGUACUCUGCAAAGAGAUAAAUCCUUGUUCUGUGAUAUGACACCACUGUUGUAUCAACAAAGAGCUCUGUGAUCAAAAGGUGGACCUUUGCAUUCAUUCAGUCAUGAAGCUGAUCAGGCUGGCUGCAGCAGAGGAAAUGUCACAAAUCCAGGUUGACACUUAACAAGAAUAACAGAUGUGUUUGUAUGAGAACUACAAGGACAGGAAGGGCAAAGGGCAACUUUCAUUUCAAUGCAAUGUAAUCUGUUAUUCCAGAAUUGUUAUUUACAACUGUCGAGGAUAUUUUAUAUAUUUAUAUAUAUCUAGACUUUUUUUAAAUAAAACUGAAUAAAUAUUUACAGAAAGUAGAUGUGAGGAUAUGUAAGUUUGUUGGUGUUGUGCAAUGAGUUUUGGCGAGAUCAGAAUGAAUGAAAAAAGUAACAUAGGCCAGGUAAAUACACCCACACCGUGGUGUGUGGUUUCUUCCUACUCUUGUAUUCAAGUUUCACGAGUGGGACGAUGAAGAGCUAUCAGCUAAUGAUUAACAGGGACUGUUAUUUUAACAAUAUGGCUUAUAUUCAACUGACUUCAAAUAUGUGAAUGGGACGAAUACGGUUUUCAUAUAAAAAAGUAAAGAUUAU